AUGAGUCGACCGGGCUUUUUCGGUGCGACCCGCAAGGGCGAGACCUUUGAGCUUCGUGCCGACUUGAACAGCGAGUACCGCGAUCGUCGCAAGGAUGCAAUCAAGCGCGUCAUUGCUAAUAUGACAGUGGGAAAGGAUGUAUCUGCACUCUUCCCGGAUGUGCUGAAGAACAUGCAGACCGAAGACUUGGAGCAGAAGAAGCUUGUAUAUUUGUACCUGAUGAACUAUGCCAAAACACAGCCAGAGUUGGUGAUUCUGGCGGUGAACACGUUUGUAAAGGAUGCAGAGGAUGUCAACCCUCUCGUGCGUGCGCUUGCUAUUCGUACAAUGGGCUGCCUGCGUGCCGAGAAGAUCAUUGACUACCUACCUGAACCGCUCAAUCGAGCGUUGGCGGAUGAGAGUCCGUACGUGCGCAAGACAGCGGUGAUCUGUGUGUCCAAGCUGUUUACGCUCAAGCCGGACCUGGCUGUGGAAGGCGGGUUUGUGGAUCGCGUGAAGGAGAUGAUCUCGGACAACAACCCUAUGGUUGUGGCUAACGCCGUCACAGCGCUGAAUGAUAUCCACGAGGCUGCGCAAGAACUCAAGUGGCCUGGUGAUCCGAUGACUAUUAUGGACUCGGAGGUGCUGAUGAAGCUGCUUAUUGCACUCAAUGAGUGCACGGAAUGGGGUCGUAUUGUCAUUUUGAAUACGUUAGCGGCGUACCGUGAUGCAGAUGCGCGUGAAUCCGAGCACAUUUGCGAGCGUGUGAUUCCGCAGUUCCAGCAUGCCAAUGGCGCUGUCGUCCUCGCUGCUGUCAAGGUGGUAUUGGUGCACAUGGAAGCCACUGGCAAGCCAGAUCUGGUGCAGCAGCUGGUGCGCAAAAUGGCGCCGCCGCUGGUGACGCUUGUCACGAGCGAGCCUGAGGUCCAGUGGGUCGCCUUACGCAACAUCAACCUGAUUCUGCAAAAGUACCCAGAGAUUCUCUCGAACGAGCUUCGUGUGUUUUUCUGCAAGUACAAUGAUCCGCCCUACGUAAAGGAAGAGAAGGUGGAUGUGAUGGUCAAGUUGGCCAACGAGAACAAUGUGGACAUGCUCCUUAGUGAGCUGAAGGAGUAUGCGACGGAGGUGGAUGUCGACUUUGUACGUCAUGCUAUCCGGGCGAUUGGCCAGUGUGCGAUUGCCAUUGAAGCUGCUGCGGAGCGCUGUGUGCAUGUGCUGCUGGAGCUGAUUGAUUCCCGUGCGAACUAUGUGGUGCAGGAGGCGACCGUGGUUGUCAAAGACAUUUUCCGCAAGUACCCCCACCAAUAUACACGCAUUAUCCCGCAGCUAUGUGCCAACCUGGACGAGAUGGACGAGCCGGAAGCCAAGGCGUCGCUGGUCUGGAUCAUCGGCGAGUAUGCGGAGAAAAUCGACAAUGCGGCCGAGCAGUUGGCGCUGUUCCUCGAGACGUUUGUGGAGGACGAGCCUGAGGUCCAAUUCCAGACGCUGACGGCGAUCAUCAAACUGUUUUUGAAAAAGCCCGACUCGUCGCUGGCUCAGAGCAUCGUGCAAGAUGUGCUGGAAAAGGCGACGAAGAAGUGCAACAAUGCCGAUUUGCGCGAUCGUGCGUACAUUUACUGGCGCCUGCUGUCCAGUCCUGAUACCGAUGCUGCACGGGCUGUUGUACUGGCGCCUGCGCCGCCGAUCACCAUCCCUCUCACGACGGUCUCACGAGGGCUCUUGCAGGAGCUGCUGCGUGAAAUUGGCCUGCUUUCCAGUGUGUACCACAAACCCGCCUCGUCGUUUAUCGGCCAAGGGCGUAUGGGCAUGCAAACGCUGCAAGCUUUGAGCAACGAGGAAGCUACGCGCUCUCGUGUGCUUGCUACGGUGGCACAGGGUGAGAAGAGCGAGACGCUCCUUGACUUUGGGGACGAUACGCCUAGUGCUGCUGCGACGCAGAUGGCCGCCAAGAACCUCGGCAGUCUUGGCGACUUGCUGGGCGAUGACGCCUUCUCCACCCCGGCGAUGGUCCAGACGGCCCAAACGGCUCCCACGGCGACAGCCGGUGCGAUGGAUGAUUUGUUGGGCAUCUUCGAUACGCCUGCGCCUACGGCCCCCAGCACGGCGCCGGCCACCGCUCCGAAGGCGCCUCCAAAAGAAGAUGACCUUCUUGGCUUGUUGUAG